AUGUUCGCAAGACUAUCUCUCAUCGUCUCGGCUCUUGCCCUCUUCCUCAACCUCACCGCUGCUCUUCCUCACUUCGGCUGGCACCCUAAGCCUACAGGAGCCUACCCUCAACCUCCCGGCGGCUUCCCUCAUCCCACUGGCGGCUUCCCUCACCCAACUGGCGGCUGGCCUCACCCUACCGGUGGCUUCCCUGUGCCCACCGGCGGCUUCAACCCCUUCCCUACUGGUUUCCCCACCGGCUUCCCUCCAGGCUGGGUUCCCGGCGAGGUUCCUGCACCUACCGCAACCGCUCCCAAGUCCUUUGAGAAGAGAUUCGAGGGUGCCCGUCGUGACAACAGCUUCUGGUGGGGAAACUGGGGCGGCAACUGGGGCAACUGGGGUCCUAAGCCCACUGCCAGUGCCCCUGUUCCCACUGGCGCUUGGCCUACUGACUUCCCCGUGCCUACCGGUUGGUGA